GUUACAAGUUAUUUAAGUUUUUAAAUCUGUCGAAUCUAGAACGACCUGACUGCUGUUGCCAUGUAAACACGUCUUGGAGUCGGACCAGUCGAACCAGUCGGCCAUAGUAUGAAAGUCCUAACAAAGACAGAUUGUUGACAUACGAGAAUAUCGUAAAUCGAGAAAAUGAAGAUAAAACAAGAGUUAGAAACAGAACAUUCGGACUGUACAACUGAACGAAUCGAAAAGAAAUUUGAAGUUGAUUUAAAGAAUUUCAAGAAAGAAUUUAAUACGGAUGUGAAGUGUUAUAAAACAAUUAAAUCGGAACCGUUAAAGAUUAAUAUUAAAGGAAAACCAAUUUUCACAAACAACAUAAACGGAUCCAAUAUUUGGAGUCAUUCUGGUUAUAAAAUCGAAAGAGAUAUCAAGAAAGAAGAAGUAAAAGUAAAUUGUGAUGUAAAACAUGGUAUAAAAUCAGAAUGUAAAAUUGAUUUGAAAAAAUUGAAGAUUGAAGUAAAGACUGAAGAUUGUAAAGAAGCUGUUCUUCCAGAUGAUAAUGAACAGCCUGUCAACAAUGAAUUAUUCACUCUGGAAGAAAACUCUGACAGGAAUGAAAUGAGCAUUCAAAUUGAGAACGAAGAGCAAAUUGAGAAACACGAUAUUCAGAACAAUUCAGAAAAACAUUUGAAAUAUAAUAUCAACACGAAGAAAUACGCUCCUUCCAGUGAAAAUUACAAUAAAAUUCAUGAGAAAAUUAAAAGAAAGUACUUCAAGGUUAUGUUUGCAUCUCAUUCUAAACAAGAAUUUAAGUGUGAUUUAUGUAAACAGACUUUUACAAAUAACAGAAUAUUAGAAACACACCUGUUCUGUCAUAUUCGAAAAAAACCAUUUUGCUGCACAUCCUGCAAUAAGAAGUUUUUGUGGCGUUUUCUUUUGCAAAGACACGUAAAAGAACACAAAACUGGAAAUGAGAACGAAAUUUUUUAUAGGAAUUUUCGUUUGCAGCCAUCUGGAAAUCGAGUAAAUUCAUCACCAAGAAAUGGUAAAGUUUAUGCCUGCAAGAUAUGUGGAAGAGAAUUUAAGUGGAAAAUUAAUUUGUUACGUCAUGAAGCAACGCAUAGUGAAGACCGUCCUUUCAAAUGUAAUAUUUGCAAUAAGGGUUUUAAAUUGAAAGGCUAUUUAAAAACACAUUACGAAACUCAUACUGAUGAACGUAACUAUUCUUGUUAAGUGUGUAACAAACGAUUUAAAA